AUGGUUAUCUGGAUAGAGGUUCGAUUGGAUAGAGCCUUAGCUUCUCAGUCUUGGGUCGAUGCGUUCUUAUCGGCUAGGCUUUCUAACCUGCACUUCUCUUCUUUGGAUCAUUGCCCAAUCUUGUUAGAACCUGUUAUAAAUCGUACUUUUGCAGGCACUAAGAGCUUCCGUUUUGAGAAUGCUUGGUUGCGAGAACCAGUUUGUACCCAAAUUGUGAAGGAUUGCUGGGCUAUCGAUGCUAGUAUUCAAGGGAAAAUUCACCAUUGUGGUGAAAUCCUUGCUGCCUGGGGGAAAGAAGUUACUGGAAAUUUCAAAAUUAAAAUUGCUACUUGCAAAUCUAAAUUGAAGCGCCUUAAAGGAAGGAAGGAUGAAGAUGGAUUGAGGAAAUAUGAAGAGACUGAGAAAGAUUUCUUUGAGAUUUUGACCAAACGUGAAGUCUUCUGGAAACAAAGAUCUAAACAGCUAUGGCUUAAGGAAGGGGAUCACAAUAAUCUUAUGGCCCGCUAUUUCACUGCCUUGUUUUCUGCCUCUGCAACUGAUUGUUCUGACGUUGUGAAUUGUAUUGAGCGCUUUGUUACCAUAGAAAUGAAUACAGAGCUGUUGAGCCCAGUUUCUGAGGAAGAGGUUCGUCUCUCACUGUUUUAG